AUGUCGAUCGAAUGUGUGAAAGACGGUCAAGAAAUAGAAAUGCUAAAAAAAUCCGUAGCCACUCGCAAAGCGGUUCUCCAGAAAUCUCUUUCAUGCUUCGCUAACCUGAAGUCAAAUCAAAAGGCAGCUAUUAUUAAAGACAUUGCUGAUACUAAAGAACGAUCGCACAAUAAACAUCAGACGCUUAUGCAUUCUCGAAGAGUUUUAAUAGCAGAACUCGUGUCUCUGUUUGAUUUAAAACGGAUAAAUGGACCACAAGACUAUCACUUUGAGGUACGAGAGAACGGCGUAGCUGUAUUAGCUAAGGAAAACGACAUAAUACAAGUGAUCAAUGGAAGUGCUGAUGAUGAAGCUGAAUAUUCAAUAGCUGGGAUGACAUUGCCAAAGAAAGGAAAUUUCCAAAAGUAUCCAAUGGAGGAUAUAAACACAACAGUCGGUUAUGUAAUACACAUGCUGCAAUUAACAGCCUAUUAUCUGGGUGUGAAGCUUCCCUAUCGCUUGCUACGAGAUAAAGGAUCUUUUCCAUACGCCACCGGAUCAUUUUCUGGUAUGGCUGGCGGGAGACGGCCUCUUCAUCUGGAUGGAACAAACGUUGAUACAUUUACCAAAGGGUUGGCAAUGUUGAAUUAUGAUAUCGCCUAUUUAUGUCGAACACAAGGAGUCGACAUUGCCUUCCAUAAGGUGCCAAAUACCCUGCAGAAUUUAUAUCUUUGUUGCAACGCGGCUGGGCUAGGAAGGUAG